AAAAGUAAACUACAAGUUGGAUACAGGGGCUCAAGCAAAUCUCCUUCCUGAAAAGCUGUUUCAACAAAUGAAACCACAGCCAAAGCUUCACGCAGCAAAAGUAAAGGCUACAGGAUAUUCGGGAGUAGACAUACCCAUCACCGGCAAAUGUAUGGUGAAAGUGCAACACAAAAGUAAGAACUACUUCAUUGCAUUUCUAGUCACACCAGGUAAUCAUCAGCCAUUGUUAGGGUUGCAAGCUUGUGAGAAGAUGAACCUCAUAAAAAGAGUACUAAACAUCACUAAAACACCCCUCGAAGUAGAAGAUUUUGCAGAUGUGUUCACCGGGUUAGGAUGCCUACCUGGAACACACCACAUCACAACAAGUGAAGAUGCCAUACCUGUCCAGCAUGCAUGUAGGAAAGUGCCUUUUCCUCUACAGGGAAAGCUCAAAGAAGAGCUGGACAAAAUGGAGCAAAUGCAGGUGAUCACAAAGAUAGACCAACCAACAGAUUGGGUGUCGUCACUCUGCGUCGUUGACAAGAAAAACGGCAAGCUCCGAGUGUGUCUGGACCCACGAGAUCUAAACCGGGCAAUCAAGAGACAGCACUACAAAUUGCCAUCUCGUGCUGAAAUUACAGCACACUUUGCAGGAGCAAAAUUCUUCAGUAAACUUGAUGCCUCAAGCGGAUUUUGGCAAAUCAAAUUAGAUGAUGCCAGCUCAGAACUUUGCACGUUCAUCACACCGUUUGGAAGGUAUCGUUUCCUUCGUCUUCCCUUUGGCAUCAGCAGUGCACCAGAGGUAUACCACAAAAUCAUCCAUGAUCUCUUUUCUGAAGUGCCAGGGGUCAACACAAUGAUGGAUGAUAUCAUCGUUUGGGGUUCAACUCGCGAAGAGCAUGACCAGAAUCUCCGACAAGUACUAGAGAUAGCAGAGCGUAAUAAUCUCAAACUGAACCGAGAAAAGUGUGAGUUUGGGGUGAGAAAAUUGACCUUCAUUGGAGAUGUCAUCAGCGACCAAGGAGUCUUGCCUGAUCCCAAAAAGGUCUCUGCUAUCCUCAACAUGCAGAAACCCCAAAAUAAGAAUGAUGUACAAAGAUUCAUGGGGAUGAUCAACUACAUGGGCAAAUUCAUUCCAGAUCUAUCUACCAAGUCAGCACCACUACGCAGCUUGCUUGACCAGAAGAAUCAAUGGAUGUGGCUUGAAGCACAGGAAAAGGCGUGGCAAGAACUGAAAGUUAUACUGACAACAGCGCCAGUGCUCAGGUUCUAUGACCCCAAAAAGCCCAUCAAGCUAUCAGCUGAUGCAUCAAAGAAUGGGCUCGGUGCAGUUCUACUACAACAGUAUGAUAAUGAAUGGGCACCAGUGGCGUAUGCAUCCAGAGCCAUGACAGCGGCCGAGACAAGAUACGCCCAAAUUGAAAAGGAACUGUUGGCCAUAACCUAUGCAUGUGAACGCUUUCACCAGUACAUCUACGGACAACAAAUAGAAGUGGAAACUGACCAUAAACCACUCAUUCCGUUGUUCACUAAACCACUGUGUGAUUGUCCAUUAAGAGUACAACGCAUGCUCAUCAGAGUACAACGCUAUGACUUGAAAGUGUCUUACACACCGGGUAAAUACAUGUAUACCGCUGACACACUUUCAAGGGCAGUCGAUCCUCAUGCAGAUAAAGACAGCUCCAAAGAGGAUGACAUUCAAGCCUAUGUCAAUACUAUAUUGACCAACAUGCCAGUGUCCUCUAACAGGAAGAAAGAAAUCGCCCUGGAGACAAAACGCGAUGAAACCCUCAAGACACUGAGCACAAUCAUCAAUGAAGGUUGGCCCGACGUGAAGAGCAAAUGUCCAGUUGCAAUCAGCGAUUACUGGAACGCACGUGAUGAACUUUCACAAGCAGACGACAUGUUGUUCAAGGGAACUAAAAUAAUCAUCCCAACAUCAAUGCGCCGAAACAUGCUUGAGAAAAUCCAUGAAGGUCACCUCGGCAUUGAGAAAUGUAAACGUAGAGCCAGAGAAGUGAUGUAUUGGCCUCGCAUCAACCAAGAUGUAGCUGACAUGGUAAAAAAUUGCAACUCAUGUCAAACAUACCAGCCAAAGCAGACGGCAGAAACACUCCAGCCGCACCCUACUCCCGACCGCCCAUGGCAAAAGGCAGGAGCAGAUUUGUUCACACUCAACAGUAAGAACUAUAUAGUCAUUGUAGACUACUUCUCACAAUUUGUAGAAAUUUGCACAUUGACAAGCACAACCAGCGGCACAGUGAUUAACAACUUGAAGUCUGUGUUUUCGCGACAGGGAACUCCACAUGAAAUGUUCACCGACAAUGGACCCCAGUUUUCCAGUGCUGAAUUCAAACGCUUUUCAGCAGAUUGGGACUUCACACACACCACAUCGAGUCCCCACUAUCCUCAGUCAAAUGGAUUGGUGGAAAAUGCUGUGAAAAUUGUCAAGAACAUGAUCCGCAAAACAGUUAACAGUGGCCAAGACAUCUAUAGAGCUUUGCAGAUUUAUCGCAGUACACCACUUGAGUGCGGGAAAUCCCCAGCAGAGCUGCUGUACAACAGAAGAAUUCGUUCCAAUCUUCCCAUGGUGGACAGCUUGCUUGGUUUUAAACAUCUCGACAGUAAAGCAUUCAAGCAAAGAAAGGACGCACAAAAGGAAAAACAAAAGGGUGGAUCCCGUGACCUUCCUCUACUUCAAGUAGGAGAUACCGUGAGGCUGCUGGAUACGACUAAGAAUAUGUGGUCUCAGGGCGGAGUAGUUACAGCCGCAUUGCCAAACCGUUCAUAUCAAGUAGAUACAGGCAAUGGCACGAGACGUCGUAAUAGGCGGCACUUGAGAGUUGCUUCACAACCGCCACAGCAGUGUGACUUCAUCGAGCCAUCAUCAAAAGAACAGGAUUUCGAAACAACCACGACCGCAACAGCAGUUGAGCCGAACAACAACGACAUCACUCAACCAACAGCUACUAUGACCAGGAGCGGACGAGUUGUUAAGCCACCGAUAAGACUUGAUCUAUAA